AUGGCGUGCGAGCAGAAUUUAGCUCGCAAGAAGCUGCAACACAAACCACUGCGAAGGCGGCACCCGGAGUCCAAAUUCUCCAAAAGUGACGCCUUCAAUAAGGAAACAGUGCACAAGCGCCGUCGCCGCCUGAUCAUAGGUCUUAGGAAACAGCGUGACUUGUAUGGUCCAAUUUUCAGGACAGAUUUGUUCAAUCAAGACCUCAUCGUGUCCAUGGAUCAAGAGCUAAACAACUUGGUAUUCCAGCAAGAGGAGAAGCUAUUCCAAAUCUGGUAUCCGGAGUCGUUCAUGAGGAUCCUCGGAGCUGACUGCAUCAUCGCAACACUCGGAUCCUUCCACAAGCACAUGAGGAGUCUGGUCCUUAAGCUCUUGGGCCCUGAAAAUCUCAGGCUAGUCCUGCUCCAUGAUGUUCAGCGAGCGACCCAAGCCAGCCUGCUCUCGUGGCUCGAUCAGCCCAGCAUCGAACUUAAAGAGGCAACCUCAAGUAUGAUAUUCAGUGUCACAUCAAAGAGGUUAAUCAGCUAUGACUCUUCAAGCUCAGAUGGGAAGUUGUGGAAGCAAUUCGACGCAUUUACUCGGGGACUAAUAGCAUUUCCAAUCUACGUUCCUGGCACAGCAUUCUACAAGUGCAUGCAGGGAAGGAAGAAUGUCAUGAAGAUUUUGACGAAAAUGCUAGACGAGAGGAAGAGGGCCUCACGACAAGAUAGCGUUGACUUUCUCGAUCUCCUACUCGAUGAUUUGAAAAAGGAGAAGCUUCUAAGGAACGAGAAAAUUGCUUUGGAUCUGCUUUUCUUGCUACUCUUCGUGGGCUUUGAGACCACGUCAUCUGGGAUAACUGCCGCACUCAAAUUCCUAACGGACGAUCCCAAGGCCCUGCAGGAACUUAUAGAGGAGCACCAGAGCAUUCGAAAAAGAAGGGUUGAUCCUGACUCUGAAAUCACAUGGGAGGAAUACAAGUCCAUGAAAUUUACAUCUCAUGUUAUACAUGAAGCAUUAAGGCUGAGUAACAUCGCUCCGGUAAUGUUUAGAAAAGCCACAGAGGAUGUUCAUAUAAAAGGUUACACUAUCCCAAAAGGAUCAAAGAUCAUGACUGAUCCUUCUAGUGUUCAUCUGGAUUCUACAGUUUACAAGGAUCCCAUUGUGUUCAAUCCAUGGAGGUGGAAGGGUACUACUGUUGAACCAGUUGGUGGUACCUCCAAGGAAUUCAUGGCCUUUGGAGGCGGGGUGCGGUUAUGUGUUGGUGCUGACUUUGCUAAGUUGCAAAUGGCUAUCUUCCUUCAUUGCUUAGUUACUAAAUACAGAUGGAAAGCGAUCAAGGGAGGAACCAUGUCGCUUUCUCCGGGACUGCAAUUUCCCGGUGGUUUUCACAUCCAACUUCUCCCAAGAGCUUAA